AUGGCCACAACUCACAAAAGAUUCAACGCUAUUGACACUUUAAUGGUUGAUGGAGUUAGCUCCUCUGAACCUAUGGAUAUUCAGAAUGCAAUUCUAGAAUUCUAUCAGAACCUUUAUAGGGAGAUAGAAGCAUGGAGACCAAACUUGAACAUACAAGGUGACCAAAGCAUUACUGGAGAAGAGCAAGUAUGGAUGUCAAGGCAAUUUGAAGAAGAUGAAGUAUUGAAAGGGAUCAAACUGUGUGUUGUUGACAAGGCACCUGGUCCGGAUGGAUACACAAUGGCCUUCUUUCAGGCAUUUUGGGAUGUUUUGAAGGAGGACUUGAUGCUGACUUUUCAGAAUUUCCAUUCUCAACAGAUGUUUGAAAAAAGUUUCAAUGCCACCUUUAUGGCCUUGAUUCCAAAGAAGGUGGGUGCAACUGAACUAAGGGACUUUAGGACCAUUAGUUUAAUCACUGGUGUGUACAAGAUAAUUGCCAAAGUACUGGCAGAACGGUUAAAGAGAGUGGUGGGAAAGUUAGUCAAUAAGCACCAAAUGACAUUUCAUAAAGUGGAGGCAAAUUAUGGAUGCUGUUUUAAUAGCAAAUGGCUAAAGUGGAUGGAAUUCUGCAUUAAAACUACCAGGUUCUCUAUUCUAGUAAAUGGAGAACCUGUGGGUUUUUUUCCUGCAGAAAGGGGGCUCAGGCAGGGGGACCUUUUAUCCCCUUUCCUUUUCAUUAUAGCUAUGGAAGGCUUGGACAGCAUGAUGAGAAUUGCUUCUCAAAAUAGCUGGAUCAGAGGAUUUAAUGCGAGAAACAGGGAAAAUGAGGCUAUGGAACAGAUCUGCCAUUUGAGGGUGAUACUAGUGGUUUUUGAAGCAUAUUCUGGGCUGAAAGUCAACUGGAGGAAGCGCAGUAUCUUCCCAGUCAAGGAGGUGCAACAGAUCCAAGUGCUUGCCAGCAUUUUGAAUUGUAAGAUUGAGAACUUGCCUACUGUUUAUCUUGGAAUGCCUCUGGGAUCAAUGCAUAAAGCAGUGGAAAUAUGGGAUGGCGUCAUAGAGAAGACUGAAAAGAAACUAGCUCUAUAG